AUGGCAGGCAGUGGCACCGACAGCGAAGAUAGUGCUGGCGUGGGCUUUGCACCCAUCAAGUCAAACCAUAACCGCCGCAGCUCUGGCCUUCGGCGAUCCGGUUCCCUGAACCGUCAGCUCACGCGGCAGUCCACCAAGGAGACCCGUCGUGAUCCGAAUCUCGACCCCGACUCUCUCCCUUACCGUGACCCGGAGAACCCCAAGAACUGGAGCAAAGCAUACAAAUGGUAUUGCACCAUGGUUGUCGCCAUCACUUGCUUCGUCGUCGCGUUCGCCUCGUCCGUCGUGACGGCCGACCUGAUCGGUGUCGAGGAAUCAUUCGGUGUCAGCGAGGAGGUCGCGCUCCUCACCAUCACCCUCUUCGUCAUUGGCUUCGGUGUCGGCCCCGUCGUCUUCGCACCCCUUUCGGAGAUCUACGGCCGGAGGAUCAUCUACGGGUCCACCCUGCUCAUCGCCGUCGUUUUCAUCAUCCCCUGCGCCGUGGCCAAGAAUAUCGGUACGCUGCUCGUCUGCCGCGCCAUCGACGGCAUCGCCUUCUCCGCGCCCAUGACCCUCGUGGGCGGCACGCUGGCCGACCUGUGGAAGAACGAGGAGCGGGGUGUACCCAUGGCCGCCUUCUCCGCCGCACCCUUCAUCGGCCCUGCUAUUGGACCCCUCAUCGGUGGUUACCUGUCUGAUGCGACGGGCUGGCGCUGGCUGUACUGGAUUCAGCUCAUCUUCGCCUUCGUGGUGUGGAUUCUGAUUACCUUCACUGUGCCCGAGACGUAUGCGCCGACAAUCCUUGCCCGUCGCGCUAAGAAGCUACGCAAGGAGACUGGCAGCAACGAACAUGUCACUGAGCAGGAUCUCGAUGUGAGGCCAUUCACGGAGAGAUUGGUCAUCUUCCUGGUUCGACCUCUGCAGUUGCUCUUUGGAGAGCUGAUUGUGUUCCUCAUCUCCCUAUACAUGUCUGUACUGUACGGAUUGUUGUACAUGUUCUUCGUGGCAUUCCCUAUCAUUUACCAGGAGGGUAAAGGAUGGAGCGCAGGCAGCACGGGUCUGAUGUUUAUCCCACUGGCCCUCGGUGUCAUCGCUUCAGCAGCCGGCGCCCCGAUCGUGAAUAAGCACUACCUGAAGAUCUCUCAACGCUUCAACGGCAGCCCUCCAGCCGAGUACCGACUCAUCCCGAUGAUGUGCUCCUGCUGGUUCAUCCCCCUGGGCCUGAUCAUCUUCGCCUGGACGUCAUACCCGCGCUUGCACUGGUUCGGCCCUGCCUUCGGCGGCUUCUGGGUCGGGUUCGGCUUCAUCUUCCUGUACAACGCCGCCAACAACUACCUCGUCGACUCGUACCAGCACCAGGCGGCGUCCGCCCUCGCGGCCAAGACCUUCAUCCGCAGCUUCUGGGGCGCCGCCGUCGUGCUCUUCACGCAGCAGAUGUACGCCGGCUGCGGCUACCAGUGGGCCAGCAUGAUCCUCUUCUUCAUGGCCCUGGCCUGCUGCGGCAUCCCGUUCCUGUUCUGGAAGUACGGCGCCAGGAUUCGCGCCAGGAGCAAGUACGCAUACGCUGGCGACGAUGACGACAAGACUGCUGCUGGGACUAGUGACGAGGAGAACCAGAUCAAGAAGGCAGAGGGUGUCGAGGCUGGCGCGGUGCUCGGGACCACUCGGAACAGUGCGGCGCCGCCUUUGGCCACCGGCCCGGCACCAUAG